AAAAGUGCACGUACUUAAAAGUAACUGUAUAAAGGAAGAUUCAAAAUGGGCUAGCAAACCGUUUUGAGAAUUGUUCAUUUAACUUGAGUACAAAAGUAAAUCCGAAAUUAGGUUAUAAACACGAAGUGGCUCUUGGUUCUUGUGCUGGCCAAUUAACUGCGUACAUAGGCCACUUAUCGGUCUAUUAGAUGUGAUCGUUUGUUACUUACAAAGUGUCGGUGAUAAAAAAACGGACAAAUUCCGGAUAAUUUGCGCAAAACCAAUAUUUACACUAAUAUUAAUAUUUGGUAUUAAAUAAUAUGUGAUCAAACACCCUUCCAGCAACAAAGGAACUGUAGAAAUGGCUUAUUCGUACAGCAGUGAAACUGUAUUGGAUUGGAGUGAAGAGGACGCGAAGUUCUUCCUUAAAAAGGAAGGCCUCUCGGACAGUGCACUGAAUACACUUUGCGAUGUUAACAUGGUGGAUGGGAAGUGUUUGUUAGUCUUAAACGAGACCGAUUUCCAGACCGAGCCUAUAAGUAAACUAACAUUGAAAGAUAGAAAGUGCCUUUACGUGUUCUGCAAAUUGAUACAGCGCGAAAACCAGCACGCCCUCGUCGAGCUCGGCGUCUCCGAACAACAUUUGUACUCGCACAAUAAAUAUAGCAAAGUAGAAAGCGAUUACGGGGCCGACUCCGAGAGAAUAUCACCAGAAGUAUCGGAGGACGGCAGACCUUUGUAUCCCCCGGAAAAAAGGAAAGCCCUUCUGGCUCUAAUGUACGUUGUAGCUGUAACGUGGAUAACGGCCUUUGUGAUGGUUAUCGUUCACGACCGUGUACCUGACAUGCAGAGAUACCCGCCGCUUCCGGACAUAUUUUUAGACAAUGUUCCCCUGAUCCCUUGGGCCUUCGACAUGUGCGAAGUCACCGGAACCAUUUUGUUUACCAUGUGGUUGAUUUUAUUAGUUUUCCAUAAACAUAGGUUUAUUUUAAUGCGAAGAUUUUUCGCGCUCUCCGGUACUGUGUUCCUUUUGCGUUGUGUCACAAUGCUAAUCACUUCCUUGAGCGUGCCCGGUGCCCAUUUGCAAUGCCAGCCACGUUUCUACACCACCAAGGGGGACUCUCUCUUUGCCGACUUGGCCCGGAGACUUUCGCAGGCCUUCAUAAUAUGGAGAGGGGCCGGUCUGUCCAUUAGAGGCGUCAAGACCUGCGGGGAUUACAUGUUUAGUGGCCACACCGUGGCCUUGACGAUGCUUAAUUUUUUUAUAACAGAAUAUACUCCCCGACAUAUCUAUUACCUCCACACGUUGUCUUGGAUGCUGAAUAUGUUUGGGAUAUUUUUCAUAUUGGCUGCGCACGAACACUAUUCUAUAGACGUGUUCGUGGCCUUCUACAUUACAAGUAGGUUGUUUUUGUACUACCACACGUUGUCCAACAACCAGGCGUUGAUGCAAAGGGAUUCGAUGCGCACUAAAGUGUGGUUUCCACUAUUUUCGUACUUUGAAUCCCACGUGGACGGCAUUGUGCCGAACGAGUACGAAUUGCCCAGUGAAAUCGCCAGUAAUUUGAUCGACUUCGUGAAAGAACUGUAUUUAGAUGUAUGCAACAAAAUUUUAAAGAUAUUAAGGCCGCCUUCGCAGACUCAGGAACAACCGGCGACUCUCGAUAGUAAUAGAAAUAAACGGAGAACAAUCGAUGAAAAUAGCAAAUCGAGCAGGGACGUUAGAGAUAACUCGUCUUCUAAUGAUAUUAAAUAUAGGAAAUAUCACAGUAAGGAUUCGGAACCUUCUACUACAGCGAAGCAUAAAGGUGAAGAUUAUCCUAAUAGCCUUUCAAAUGAACAUAAAGAGAAAUAAAGAUUUACUUAUAGGUAUUUGUUGAAAAAUGAUAUAAUUUUGGAGGGUCAAUUCUCACCCAAAUUAAAUACAUUAGGCUAUCAACUAAAUUAAUUAUUGAAAUAUAACUGGAUAACCGAAAAUGUUAGAUCAUCAGGGUGAUUAUGCCAUUAAUUCCUCCGUUGUUAUUGAAUUUUUUUCAUUGAGGUCUAUGCCAUGUUUAAUAAAUUAUUUAUUAAUUUAACAAAUAUUGUGAUACUGCAUUUUUUUAACUUUUGACCUAGGCCUUAAAAAUUAAAAUGUAACUGUAGAAUUGACAAUUUUAUAUUUUUAUGUACCAAAAAGGCUGUUUCUAAGAGUGAAAGCAUACGAUUCUAAUGUCUCUGUUAUUUAAUGUCUGACACAUAUAUUUUUAAACGUACUUUGUUUCUGAGAUAAAAAUGAAUUGAAUGAUGUGAUUAUUCAUGAAUUUAUCUGUAAAUUUACAUUAUUUGCGUCUAUUAUCCACGAGACAUAAAGAAUUUGCCAAAGACUUAUUUUUAUCUUCCUUUUAUGUAAUUUCUAAAAAUUUUAGAUUAAGCUAAUUUUCAUACUCAAAGGAAUUGGGACCAUAUAUUUAACUUUUAUAUGAGAAGCCUUUGUUACCAGUUUGAAAGCGUGCACUGUUAUUUAUUUUGUUAGUAAUAUUUAUUUAUAUUUAAAUUAUAAAAUAUUUGUUAGUUUCUUUACGAGAUAUUAAGUUAUUAUUUCUACUGCCAAAAUUGUUGAAUUGUAAUUUCAUUACUUUAAUAAAUUUUUCUUUUCUGGA